GCAUGUCUUUGUUGAUCAACAUGACGUACUCUAAAUGCGACAACAUAACCGCCUUAAAAUCAUAAAAAGAAUAACUAACUAGCUCUAAAAAAAGUUGACAAGGAAAGGGAGUUGUACAACAUUUACAACUGGCCUUAUUCUAACUUCUGCUGUGAAACUAUGUUUAAAACUUAGUUUCUCCGCCCUCCAGGUGGAAAGAUACAAUUUGGCUUGUUAAAUUUCGCGCUUGUAACUCCGCCACUGGAUAGGCUGGGGAUUAGGAGUCCUAUCAAAUAGGCCUCGCUGAUUCAGACGGGUUUAUCACCUCUAAAAGUGGAUAUAGUCUUCUGUACCGUCGCAGUUGAUCAACAUGCAGGUGACUGACAUUGGAAACAAAGAGGAAGGGAAAAUAUGGCAUCGAAAACCUGCACAAAACAAGUGCCUAUUCAUAACAGUAGUCCGCAGUGGCAAACAGGGCAAGACCGUGCGCUUCCACCAUGUGACUUUUGACACCACCGGGGAGUCGUUCCUUGCUGGGGAUCACCAUGGCAACAUCUAUGUCUUUGACAUCAGUAGAAACAGGUUCCGUCUGGUCCAGAAGACGGGUCUAGCCUGCACCGCCCUGGCCUUCAGCCUCCGCAGAACCACAGAGUUUCUGGUGGCCCUAGCUGAUUACUCCAUCAAAUGCUUUGACAAAGACACCAAGCAGCUCGUCAGUUGGAUGCGCGGCCACGAGGGCGCAGUCUCUUCUAUUUCUGUACACGGUUCCGGCCGCUACGCCAUCACCACGUCCUCGGACACGGCCCAGCUGUGGGACCUCGACACCUUCCAGCGCAAGAGGAAGCUCAACAUACGACAGUCUGUGGGCAUCCAGAAGGUGUUUUUCCUGCCGCUGGGCAACACUAUCCUCAGCUGUUUCAGCGAUGACUCCAUCUUUGCGUGGGAGAGCGAGUCGCUCUCCUGUAAGUACCAGCUACCCGUCCCUGAGGAGGGUCCGCGCGUCCACUACAAGGCCUUCGCUGUCACGCGCGACGGUAAGAAUCUGGCCGCAGGCGGGCGGUCCAACCUGCUCCAUCUGUGGUGCCUGGACAGCAGGCAGUUGGUUAGAGUGCUGCAGAUGCCAGCUGUGGUCCGAACGGUCCGACAACUGCACUUCUUGCCGGACAGCUUUGACGGCGGUGCCAGCCAGACCCUGGGCGUGCUCAGUCAGGACGGAGUGAUGCGCUUCGUCAACAUCCACACCUGUAAGCUGCUCUUUCACCUGGGCUCCACUGACCAGGCCAUCACCACGGCAACCGUCAGCCCCAACGGACGCCAUGUUGCUGCUGUCAUGGACGACGGCAGCAUCAAUGUCUACAGCGUCCACAGCCUGAGCCAGGACCUCAACAAGCCCCCUGCUCUCCGGACGACGGUGGUCUCAUGCUGUGAGGAGGGGGACUCGACCUCCCACCUCACGGUCAAGGUGAGGUCAGAGGUCAAACAGAGGCCGGUCAAAACCUCCGGCAGGAGACCCCGGGCCAAGGCCCACAGACCACCUGCUGUCGACUCUCUGACGGACGACAAAGAGAACGAGCUGCCGGCUGGCCUGAAUAAGAAGAGGCUGGUGGCCCUGCUCCAGGCCUUCGGUGAAUACCCUGCUAAAUACAGGAUGUUUGUGUGGCGCUCUCUGCUGUGUCUCCCAGAGAACCAUGGGGCCUACAGCAGUCUGACCGACAAAGGGCUCCACGGAGCCUACCUCAGCCUGCACAACAAGUACCCCAUCAAGAGCCACAAGCUGCAGAGAGGGCUGCAGAGGGUGUUGUCAGCUCUGGCCCACUGGGCGGCCAUCUUUGGAGAGACGGAGUACCUUCCCCUGGUGGCGUUCCCUUUCGUCAAGCUGUUCCAGAACAACCCGCUCCUCUGCUUCGAGGUGGUGGCCACCGUGAUAGUGAACUGGUGCCAGCACUGGUUCGAGUACUUCCCCAACCCGCCCCUGAACGUGUUGAGCAUGGCGGAGAACGUGCUGGCCCACCACGACCCGGAGCUGCUCCAGCACCUGGCGGAACGGGGCAUCACCUCCCAGCUCUACAUAUGGCCCCUGCUGGAGACGUUGUUCUCGGAGGUGCUGACGCGGGACGAGUGGCUCCGCCUCUUCGACAACGUCUUCUCCAACCACCCGGGCUUCCUGCUCAUGGCCUGUGUGGCCUACGUCACCUGCUGCCGCGCUCCCCUCCUCCUCUGCACCCAGAAACAAGACUUUGAGUACUUCUUCCACCACCGUAACAACCUGGACAUGGGCUCCCUGGUCCAGGAGGCCUACCGCCUGACGGCCAGCACCCCCACCCCCAUCCACCCCCGGGGCCUGCUGGCCGCCUUCAGCCCCCUGACCCGGGGCCAGUACCCCGUGUUCAACCACUACCCGGAGUUCGUCGUGCAGUACCACGGCCGCGAGCGGGAGCGCAUCAGGCAGCAGGAGCUGGAGUACCUGCAGGAGAGACAGGCUGUGUCGGAGCUGCGCGCUGAAUGUGUCCGCCGACAGGCGUCCGAGGAGGCCUACUACGCACAAGAGGAGCUCUUGAGGCAGGCAGAAGAACAGCGCAGAAACAUCCUGGCCCAGGAGGAGGAAAAGCUAACGCAACAGAGGACAAGGCUGGGGGCGAUGAAGAGGGAGAUGAAGCUGAAGGAGCUGCAUCUGACGGACGUGUCCCGGAGGAGGUUCCUCACCCACCAGCAGGAGCUCAGGGCCUCCCACCUCCAGAAACUGGACCGGGACAUCAGCAGGAAGAUGGACCUCCGGGAGCAGGAGACGGCGGCGGCGGUGCAGGACCUGGAGAUCCGCCAGAUAGAGCUGGAGACCCAGAGGAAGCUCCUGGAGCAGGAGCUCCUGAAGGAGCAGGUGAGAGUGGGACGCCAGGUGGAGGAGGAGGUGGAGGUGAGGAUGAGGAGGGCCGAGAGAGACGAAGGGGAUAACAGGGACCUGCUCCAGGACGCCGAGACCAACCUGCAGGCCCUGGAGGAGUCGCUGGCGGAGGCGUGCCAGCUGGGCGUGGACAGGGACUGGGAGCGGGAGGUGGGCCAGAGAAUGGAGGGUCUGGCCGUGGACGGAGAGAGGAAGAGAGAGCGGCUGGCAGAGGUCCACACGGAGACCCUCUGUCAGCAGCACCGGCUGCUCAACACCGUCGGAGACAUGCACGGCUGGAAGUGGGACGAAGUGAUGAGUGCCAGAGCACAGCUACAGGAAGAAGCACAGCCCUCGACCUCUGCCAACACAGACCCUGAGAGGCCGGUGACCCUGAGGUCCCCCUGCCCCACGAGAGGCCUUCCCCUGAGACCCAGUGCUGGGGCGACCGUCUCUCAACCUCAUGCUAACGCCACUGCUACCGCUAGCCCGGCGGGAGGCGGCGGCGGCGGCGGCGGCCUGCGUCUCAACAGCCCAUCCCCUCCUGGUAGCACGUCCACCAACUUUUCCCUGGACCGCGGCCGGGCCCAUCUGGACAGCGGCGAGCGGCAGUUGAUGAGGGACGUCCGGGAAUUGAGACGGAAGCUCGCCAGCGCUCAGGCCCGGGGAGGAAGAGGAGGAGCCAGCGACUCUGCUGCUUCCUCACAAGCAGCCUGGUCACCAACACCCGCCCCACAGUGACCUUCUGCCUCACCUUAACGUGCUUGUGGAUGAUGGAGUCCAUGCAUCAUAUAGGAGUUCAGCCUCAGGGCUUUGUGCUAGGCAGGCAGGAUGUUAUGCCAUGGGGGUCUUAUCUGUGUCUUGACAGUCAAGAAGCUUUCGGAGACAUGGGAACUUAAAUGACUUUAAAAUGCUAUUUUAACAUCCCGUGGUUUCAGUGAUUUCUGUAAAUAUUUGUUUUAACAUGUUUUUUUAUCGUCAUUUAGAUUUAAUGUAUUUUGUGUUGUGCUGUGAGGACAUUUUGACACUUUGAUUAAAAAUAAUGGAAAUUUAUUCCUUG